UAACAGGAGAGUGAUUUUCUCAUAGACAUAAUACAAACAUACUUAAAUUAAUCACAAUUUAUUUAAAUAAUAAUACAAAAAAGCAAUCAUGGCGAAAAAUAAGUUAGCUGAUUGGCAGAAAAGGGUGAAAAUUGAAUUUAUUCGAAUCAGACAUCAAAAUCGUAUCAAGAGAAGUGAUGAAAUACGUGCAGUAUGGAAUAGAAACAGACUUAUAUCUGCUGAGCUACUAAUGCAGGAAAACGGUUUGUUACAAGAAGUCAAUCUGGACUGGAAUAUUGAACAAAAAGCUGUAUACGCCAAAUAUUCUCAUGUAGAUGUCAUGAAGCGCAGUGAAAUUACAAACAACAAUGAGAAACAAGCUGUUCCCAUUCUGGUUAUCAAUGCAGUUACACCAAUUCCUACAAUGUAUACUUGGGCCCCUACUCAACAAAAUUUUAUGGUUGAGGAUGAAACUGUUUUACAUAAUAUACCAUACAUGGGUGAUGAAGUCCUCGAUCAAGACGGGACAUUCAUAGAAGAACUGAUAAAAAAUUAUGAUGGAAAGGUUCAUGGAGACCGAGAGCCUGGAUUUACAGACGAUGGGUUAUUCGUCGAGCUUGUGCAGGCGCUAAUGCGAUACAAAGAUGUAGAUGCUGAUAUUAGCAAAAACGAACAUCGAGACCUUCGUAGAAGAGAUGAUAAAAUGAAGGAUGCAGAUAAUGGUUUUAGUUCAGUUGAAAAUGAAGGUUAUACCAAUUCAAAGACGAACAAAGUUUUACAUGUUAUAUUUGAAGCAAUUAGUGCACAAUUUCCCAACAAUGGAAGUCCAGAUGAAUUGUUUGAACGUUAUGCACAAUUGACUGAAACAGAAACAACUGAACAGAUGCCUGAAUGCACUCCGAACAUUGAUGGAAAAACGGCAGAAAGUGUUUGUCGAGAGCAAACAUUGCAUUCUUUUCAUACUUUAUUUUGUCGUAGAUGUUUCAUUUAUGAUUGUUUUCUUCACCGUCUACAAGUCGGUGAUCCAGGCCCAAACUUGAUAAAACGUCGUGGACCAGAACUGAGACCAUUUUUGAAUCCAUGCGGAUUUGAUUGUUACAUGCAUUUAGAAGGAAUGAAGGAAAAAAUUGAAGCCGCAAAAAAAGAAAACAGAAACGAUUCCAGUAAUGAUGCGAGCUCAGAGGAUAGCAAUGACAGUAGUCGCUAUAGCAGAGAUUAUCCAGCUAAUAUGAAUACUGCUAAAGUGGAAAUAGGAAACGUAGAGCCACCAUCAAUUAUGAGACUGAUGAACACUACUGACGAUAAAUGUGAAUGGACUGGCUCUGAUCAAUCUCUGUUCAGAACUAUUCAUAAAGUUUUUUUGAACAAUUAUUGCGCAAUUGCUCGAACAUUAUUAUCAAAAACGUGUCAACAAGUUUAUAGAUUCGCUCAAAAAGAGGCCGCUGAUAUUUUACAAAUUGAAUUGGCUAAAGAACAUGUCACCCCUUCGAGAAAAAAGAAAAAGAAACACAGACUCUGGAGUUUGCAUUGUAAAAAGGUUCAAUUGAAAAAAGAGUCAGGUGCGAAUCACGUUUCCAAUUUUACUCCUUGUGACCAUCAAGGACCAUGUGAUGAAUCGUGUCCUUGUUUAUCGGCACAAAAUUUUUGCGAAAAAUUUUGCAACUGUAAUUCUGAUUGUCAAAAUCGCUUCCCCGGAUGUAGAUGCAAAGGACAGUGCAACACUAAACAAUGUCCCUGCUAUUUAGCUGUUCGAGAAUGCGAUCCCGAUUUAUGUCAAAUAUGUGGGGCUCAUCAGUUUGAUUUGAAUAAAAUCAACUGCAAAAAUGUUUCAGUACAACGUCAAUUACAUAAGCAUCUAUUGAUGGCGCCUAGUGAUGUCGCAGGAUGGGGUAUAUUUUUAAAAGAAAAUGCUCAGAAAAAUGAGUUCAUUUCAGAGUAUUGCGGAGAAAUAAUUUCCCAAGAUGAAGCGGAUAGGCGCGGAAAAGUUUACGACAAAUACGCUUGUAGCUUUUUGUUCAAUUUGAACAAUGACUUUGUUGUGGAUGCAACAAGAAAGGGAAAUAAAAUAAGGUUUGCAAACCACAGCAUUAAUCCUAAUUGCUAUGCUAAAGUUAUGAUGGUUAAUGGAGAUCAUCGAAUUGGCAUAUUUGCAAAGCGCACUAUUCAACCUGGUGAAGAACUUUUCUUUGAUUACAGAUAUGGGCCAACUGAACAACUUAAAUUUGUUGGCAUCGAACGUGAGAUGGAAUUCUUAUAAUCAAUACUACAUAUUUAUAAAAAUAAUUGAAAUGAUUCAUAAAAUAUCUAACUUUAAUUUACUUUGAAAACAAACUUUUGAAUAAAACUUCUUGAUUUGAAA